AUGCGUCUCAUUAUUCGGGAGGAUGCCCCAGCGGUAGGAGACUACAUCGCAAACUACAUCUGCAAGAGAAUCAAUGAUUUUGCACCUACUGCCACUCGCCCGUUUGUGCUGGGUCUGCCUACAGGCUCUUCCCCAAUCCCGACUUAUAAAGCCUUGAUCACGAUGGUCAAGGAAAAGAGGCUCUCGUUCAAGCAUGUCGUUACUUUUAACAUGGACGAAUACGUUGCACUCCCCCGAGACCAUCCCGAGUCGUAUCAUACUUUCAUGUUUCGUGAAUUCUUCUCCCAUAUUGAUAUUCCACCUUCCCAAGUAAACAUACUUGACGGCAACGCAGUGGAUCUUAUUGCUGAAUGCAAGGCGUAUGAGCAACGUAUUAAACAAUUUGGCGGCAUAGAACUAUUCCUUGGAGGUAUCGGUGAAGACGGGCACAUUGCAUUCAAUGAACCAGGCUCAUCUUUGGCGUCGAGGACCAGGAUCAAGACUUUGGCAUAUGACACCAUUCUUGCUAACGCUCGAUUUUUCAACAAUGACAUAUCCGCAGUCCCUCGCAUGGCUUUGACCGUUGGUGUAGCGACCGUCCUUGACGCGAGAGAGGUCGUGGUUGUGGUAACCGGCCAACGUAAGGCACUGGCACUGAGCAAAGCCAUAGAGGAGGGCGUCAAUCAUCUCUUCACUGUGACAUGUUUAAAGUGGACGCUUUCUGCCCUUCAACUCCACCCGUGGGCACUCAUCGUCACAGAUGAAGAUGCCACUGCAGAACUUCACGUCAAGACAGUCAAAUACUUCAAGUCGAUUGAGCGGGUACAAGAUGAAGUCGAACGAACCCAAUCUGAGCUGAAAGCAAAGGGCAAGGUAACGGGAGAGCAAGUUGGGAGUUUGGAAUAG